UUUGAAGAUAACGACCGCUCAAAGCAAAUUAUGACAGUAGCUGACUUUAGUAUAUUUUUACAUAUAAAUUUAAAAUUAUGCAUGCGGUCACACUGGCUGCAGUAAACAGCUGUCAAUUGAUCCUAUUCGCAGUGUUAUUCAUCCGAAAUUUUACCGUUGUUCAUUUCGGUUCUAUGAGACGCAAGAGUAAACGCUUUAAAUUGGAAAAAUGGAAAGAAAAUUACAAGCUAACGCUAAUGACGUGAAAAGAACAUCAGAUGACGAUAAAAUUCAAAAUCUUAUAGUCAACAAUAUGCGUCAACGUCAAUCACGUGGCUUCCAAGCACCAGCUCAGGAACGUCUCGAGCGUCUGCAGUUGAAGCUCAUAAGUGGUCGCAUCACCAAGGAGAAGCAUGUCCCCAAAAGACCCACAAGAAGCGCCACAAGCUCCGGAUUCAGCAAUAUUGGCAAGUCCAGUUCAUCGCUGCGGAAUUUAUUGUUAAGCGAAAGCAUGCAAUGCGCUGUUGCUGCUUCACCUUCUCCAAGCAGCAGCUACAAUUCGAAUCCAUUUGCCAAGUCAACUGAGGGCAACAGAAUCAUCGAAAGCAGCGGCGGCAUAAGAAGUGCAUGGGCCAAGCCUAAAGCGCUGAUUGAUGCCAGCAAUAGGCUGCACCACAAUCGUCCUCUGAUAAGCGCCAACUGCCGUCUAACUUUGCUACAAUCAUCGCUACAGGAGACGCAACGCAACGAUAACGAAAAUAAUAAUAACAAUGUGCUGCCAAAUAACGCAAUGACCGAUGAUGAUGAACCCAUGGAAAUUGAACCCAUGGAUAUAGACCCAGAGCCGGAGGAGGAACAGUCAGCAGUCGUCGAUGAUAAUGAUGAGAAACCCAAACUGGAUAAUGGAAUUGCGGAUGAUGUGAACAAGAAAGCUAGUGAAGAGCUGCCCAAGCGAAUGGUUGAUCACAUGUAUUACGUGCUGGACACUAAUAUACUCAUGGAGAAUCUAUCGUUUGUCGACGAUCUCAGUCAUUUGGCGUUGGGCAAUAGCAAAGGCAGCAUGCUCUUUAUACCGUAUGUUGUCAUUAAGGAGCUGGACGGGAUCAAGGAUAGACGUAGCGAGGAUGACGCAAGCAAGCGUUCGGCUGCCAGAAAAGCUAUACGUUAUCUCAACGAUAAGUUUGACAAAAGCCUAAGAAUUCAGGGUCAAUCUGCGGUGGAGGAUGCAGAGCACCUGAUUGAGGUUGAUGGUGGAGAUGAUAGAGUUGUGAAUUGCUGCGUCCAGCUAAGCGCUCAAGUGCCCAAAUUGACGCUACUCACCAACGAUGCCAAUUUGCGACUCAAAGCAAAGACAUCGUCCAUCGCAGUUGCCUCGAGCUCAGAUUUAUUAAGUCGAUAUCACAAGGACUUUGGCGGCUUGCAGUCAUAACAAAUAAUGUACUAUUGUUUGAAACUGAGACUGCAUCUGUGAUACGAUGUUUUUUCAGACAGAGAGAGAGAGAGAGAGAGUGUAGAUACAGACUGAAAGAGAGAGAUGGAGAGAAGAAACCAUUGCACCGCGGCCAAUAUGAAGUACAAUCGCAUCUGAUCAAACAGCAUACAUAGAGUAUAUGUUAUAUUUAUUUGUUUGUUUACUCAAAGUAUCCUUAGUAUACAACAUUUAAUGGAUAACUAUUACCUAUGGUUGUAGCUAUUAAUGGUUGUAGCUUGUACUCUUUAAAUACAGUCAGCGCCACAAAAAAAGCCGCACUUUU